AUGUCGGACUCAAAGCAAAGGUCAAUCCUUAUCACCGGAUGUUCCCAAGGGGGUGCCGGUAACGCCCUAGCCUUGCAGUUUGCUUCUAAGGGCUUCCGCGUCUUUGCGACCGCCAGGUCGCUGAAGACUUUGGCCAACCUUCACGGGAAAAAUAUCGAAACACUGACUCUCGAUGUCACGGACGCGAGCAGUAUCAAGGCCCUAGCGGCAGAAAUUUCGAGUCGUACAGGAGGUUCUUUGGACAUACUCUUCAACAAUGCGGGCACUCUUUACGAAGCACCCGCCAUCGAGGCAGAUCCCGCCCGCGUGCGUGCACUCUUCAACACGAACGUUUUUGGCCUCAUGGAAGUGACUACUGCCUUGACCCCUCUUCUGCUCGCCAGCGUGAGCUCAGGCUUUUCGCCGAUAAUAGUUAAUGUCGCCUCCAUCCUAGCGCGCGUCCCGAAUCCAUUCGCUUCCGCUUACAACGCUAGCAAAGCGGCUGUAGCAGCCUACUCGGACACUCUUCGACUCGAGUUGCAGCCGCUUGGCCUCAAUGUCAAAACAUUGUACAUGGGAGAGGUAUCGACUCCCUUGAUGGCGGCGGACAAUAUCAACUUUGGGCCGGAGAGUAUCUACCACGUCGUGGAGGAUUCUGUAAAGGCGCGAACAAACACUCACCUUGCAAAGACGAUGGCGCCGGCUCAGUUUGCCCGGGAAGUUGCAGACGAAGUUCUCAGUGGAAAGAGUGCCACCAUUUGGAAAGGUACUAAUGCCUUUGCGGUUUGGUUUUUGAACGCAGUGGGACCAAGGAAUGUAUUCGACAGUACCGUGUUGAAGGGGGUUGGACUAGACAAGGAAGAGGCCAGGUCGAGUAUUUUUAAGCUUGGCCAAACAAAGGCCAAGAAGGAUGCGCCAGGAAAGGGUCAAAGUAGCCAGAUAUAG